AUGGACGACGAGGCCGAAAAGCAGGCGCCUCGCACACGAACGAUGGACUCGGAGCACGGAGCAGACGAAGGGCAUCGGCCAGGCUCAGCGGGCGACGACGACUCGGACUCGGACUCCGAGGACAUCCUGGUCUACAAUUCCGACUCGACCAACCUGCGGCCGGGCGAGCAGGCGGACUCGAUCGGCCUCCUCAGAAACACCAAGGACCCGGCCCAGCCCUCUUCGCCGCCGCCUCGCAAGGCCUCCCGGCUGAGGGCCGCCAGCGACGGCUCGGCCUCCUUCAGAUUCAACUUCAGCACCCAUCUCUUACCGCUCUCUGAUAGCUUGGAAGCCGUGCGCUAUGCCUUGCCCACCCUUACCACCACCUCGGCCAUCGCCCUCGUCGUCUCCAGUCAAAUAGGCUCCGGCAUCUUCUCAUCCCCCGGAAUCCUCAGUCAAAACUGUGGCAGUCCUGGCGCCUCCUUAAUCGUCUGGCUCUUGGCCGGCAUCCUGGCCUGGACGGGCGCCUCUUCCUUCGCCGAAUUGGGAGCGGCCAUUCCUGUCAACGGGGGCGCUCAAGCUUACCUGAAUUACUCUUUCGGAGGCUGGGCUUCGUACCUGUUCGUGUGGACCAAUCUGGUGGCUUUGAAACCUGGAUCUGCUGCCAUCAUUUCUAUCGUUGGAUCAGAAUAUCUAUGCCGGAUAUUUUAUCAUACUGCGUUCAAGGCGUCCCCGAGCGAAUCAGCGAAGGCGAUCCCGUUGGUAGUCACCAAGAUAGUCGCGGUCCUGAUCCUGCUCUCGAUCGUCGCAAUCAACGGCCUCUUCGCCAAGGCCGGCAAACACUUCCCAGUCAUCCUCACCCUCAUCAAGCUUCUCUCCCUCCUCGCGAUCAUCAUCAUGGCCAUCGUCCGUCUCGCUACCGGCCACCAUUCCGAUAACUUCCAGGCCCAUAACAUCUUCAAAAAUACCUCCAGCUCGCCCAGUGACCUCGCCUCCGCUCUAUAUUCCGGGCUGUGGGCUUUUGACGGCUGGGAUUCUGGAAACUACAUAGCAGGCGAACUGAAGAAAGCGACGAAGACGUUGCCGAUCGUGAUCCACGCCUCCAUGGGCAUAGUGUUGAGCCUGAUGGUCCUGACCAAUUGGGCAUACCUGAUCGUGCUGCCCAUGGACGUCGUCACCCAAUCAAACACCAUCGGACUCGAGUUCGGCCGGGUCAUCUUCGGGCCCAUCGGCGGCUUCAUCUUCUCGCUCAUCGUCGCUUUCGCGUGCUUCGGCGCCCUCAAUAGUUCGGUAUUUACUACCUCGAGAUUGGUGUCCGUCGCUGCCGAAGAACGGUAUAUUCCUAAAGUGUUUUCCAAUAUCAACGAGAAAACUUUGACUCCUCUGAACGCACUGGGAUUGCACGCGUUUCUAUCAAUUAUCAUGAUCAGUUUUGGAGAUUUUAGAUCAUUAGUAGGAUUUUAUGGGACAUGUGCAUGGACGUUUUAUCUAUUAACAGUUGGAUCGCUUUUACUAUUACGGAUUCGAGAGCCCGAUUUAGACAGACCGUAUCAAACUUGGAUCAUCAACCCGAUAACCUUCUCAACCGUUGCCUGCUUCCUAUUGUUGAUGCCCAUCUUCUCGGCGCCGAUUCAAUCUCUAGCUGCCUUUGGUUUCAUCAUUUCAGGAUUACCGUUCUACUAUCUUACGACUAACAAAGAGCUACGCCAAUUCGGGUUUUCGAAGUUGAAGUUGUUCGAUUUUAAUAGCUAUCGGCGGGAUCGUGCGGGCAGAGAUACUGACCACAACUCCUUUAAAGCUCUGGAAACUCAAGACGACGAUGAUCAGCUUGAUCACGAAAGUCAAGACAGUCCGGGUCCGAGAUGA